GAUUCACAGACUGUGUUUAUGUCUAAUUCUCUUAUUGUACAUAAAACUGAAUCAUCCAGUGCAAAAGAAGAAAAUUGUCAAAUAAUUAACUUUUAAUGUCUAAUUACGCUUUAAAUGGUUAAUUAUAGUUGACACAACAUGAGCAAGCAGUCUUGUGAGAAAAUAUGCGUUGUUUGCGGCGAUCGUUCAUUAGGAUUCAACUUCAAUGUCUUAAGCUGUGAAUCAUGCAAGGCGUUCUUUAGAAGAAAUGCAAUAUCGAACAAGAAGUUUUCAUGUCCAUUUUCAAAUGUAUGUGAGAUAACAGUAAUAACGAGAAGGUUCUGUCAAAAAUGCAGGCUCGAAAAGUGCUUUAAAGUUGGCAUGAAGAAGGAAUACAUAAUGAGUGACGAGGACAAGGAAAUAAAGAGGAUGAAAAUCGAACAAAAUCGCAAUAAAAGAAAACUGAGGAUUGAUCCAGAGGAUAAAACCUUUAAGAAAAUUAAGGAUGAAAAGUCACCAGCACCGAGUAUAGCAACAAAUAAUUCGGAUGAUUCCGACGAUCAAAGUGUUUCAUCAAAUCAAAUUAAAUUAUCAUCACAAUCGAGUGUAAUUGAUAUUGUUAGUGCAAUAACUGAGAUUCCAAAAGAAUCCAGUAGAAUAAUACAGCAAGUGAUGAAGACACAAGAUGAGGCAUUGUCAGUUAUGAGUCGAAUUAUUAAUGAUUCUAAUCAGGCACUCUUACUCAUUUCACAUUUAAUUAAAAAUCCUAGUGACGGCAUGUUGAUUAUAUCCAAAAUGAUGAGUCAAUCGCCACUGGAUGCUCUGUCCGUAUUCACACAAUUUAUGAGCUCUCCUCUUGAUGCCUUACAAAUCAUCUUUAAAAUCAUGUCAUCACCAAAAGACGUCCUUAAAUUCAUGACAGAAUUAGCAAAGGCACCACAAAAUGCAAUGGACAUAAUGAGGCAAUUCAUGUCGAGUACAACAGAAAGUUUACAAAACAUGAGUCGAUUAAUAUCCAAUUCAGGAACAAAUAAUAAUAUUCAAUAUACUGAGAAUGAGACAAUUAAAUCAAUGCUUGAUGUCAGCUCAUUAGACAGUCCAAAAUCACUUAUAUCCAUGCCAUCACCAAGUACACAAAUCAAUUCACCGUCAAGCUCAUACAACGAUUCAGACUCGAACAAUAAUGACUAUCAACAGCUGACAUCAGCCAUUCUAAAGGAAAUAGCUUAUGACAUAUCCGGAAAGAAAGCACAUAAAGUCAAUUCAAUUGAAUCAAUCAUAAAUGAAGCUAUAAAAUUGGAAUAUAAUACACCAGAAAUGAUUACAAAUUAUGGAAACACAUGUCGGGAAUUGAAUGAAGUUGAAAUGAUGAAAAUUCAGGAACUUUUGGAUGCAAAUUGUGCGCUAUAUGCUCCAGUUGAGGAAGACCAUUUGUCAUUUCUCGGAUUGGGUGAAAAUCUAUCAAUGAAGCCUGAGGCAAGCUUUGUUGAUCCAAUUCUCUUAAAAGUCAUUAAUUUAACAGCUGUAGCCAUUCGACGACUCAUAAAAAUGAGCAAGAAAAUAUCUGGAUUCAAAAAGAUGUGUCAGGAAGAUCAAAUAGCUUUAUUGAAGGGAGGAUGCACAGAGAUGAUGAUUUUGCGGAGUGUCAUGCAAUAUGACUCUGAUAAUGCUUUAUGGAAGAUUCCGUCAAUGAACCGAACGAAUUUAAAAGCUGACAUCUUAAAGUUAUGUCCAAAGGGAAAUGUUUAUGAGGAACACGAGAAUUUUAUUAAAACGUUUGAUGUAAGGCUUCGGACGGAUGAAAGAGUUGUACUCAUCUUAUGUGCAAUCACUUUAUUCUGUCCAAAUCGAGCUGGUAUUAUACACAGCGAUGUCAUAAAGUUAGAACAGAAUUCUUAUUAUUUUUUACUACGUCGUUAUCUUGAGAGCAUUUAUGAAGGUUGUGAGGCUCGUUCGAUAUUUCUACAGCUGUUGAAAAAACUUCAGGAAGUCAGAAGGCUGAAUGAAGAAGUCAUAUCCGUCUAUUUGGAUGUUAAUCCAAGUCAAGUUGAGCCUUUGUUGCGUGAAAUUUUCGAUUUAAAAGUCUAAUGUUAUUCAUGUUGGUGUUUGAGACAUAACAAUUAUUAUUAUCUUUAUGCUGGCCAUACAAGAUUUACUAUACUAUACCUGAGAUGUGAAGACACUUUAAGUGGGAAGCACUAUAUAUAUUUUGUAAAACAUUAUUUAAAAUGGAACAAAAGUGAAAUUUUCAAACCAAAAAGAAUUUAGCAAUAAAGUAAAAUGUGCUGAUGAUAAGUCACAGUCAAUGAGGACAUAGAAUGGCACGAAUUUU